AUGGUAUUGGUAUCGAUUGGCUGGGUUGUGGUUGUUAUUACUGAUGUGAGACUUAACGAGGUGCUUAAUGUCGAUAGCAGUGAUGAUUUUGCAACGGUUGUGGUUGUCAUUGUGGAUAAGACACUUGAUGAGGUACUUGAUGGCGAUAUCAGUGAUGGUUUUGCAACGAUUGUGGUUGUCAUUGUGGAUAAGACACUUGAUGAGGUGCUUGAUGUCGAUAUCGGUGAUGAUUUUGCAACGGCUGGUGUGGUUGCUAUUACGGAUGAGAGACUUGACGAGGUGCUUGAUGUCGAUAUCGGUGAUGAUUUUGCAACGGCUGGUGUGGUUGCUAUUACGGAUGAGAGACUUGACGAGGUGCUUGAUGUCGAUAUCGGUGAUGAUUUUGCAACGGCUGGUGUGGUUGCUAUUACGGAUGAGAGACUUGACGAGGUGCUUGAUGUCGAUAUCGGUGAUGAUUUUGCAACGGCUGGUGUGGUUGCUAUUACGGAUGAGAGACUUGACGAGGUGCUUGAUGUCGAUAUCGGUGAUGAUUUUGCAACGGCUGGUGUGGUUGCUAUUAUGGAUGAGAGACUUGACGAGGUGCUUGAUGUCGAUAUCGGUGAUGGUUUUGCAACGGCUAGUGUUGUUUUUUCAGAUGUGACAGUCAUCGCACUUCCUGUCCCAGGAUUCUCGGCGACGGUUGUACUUUCUCUGAUCGUGCCGAAGAUCGCCGCAGUGAUCGAAGCCAGCUCUUCUAACCAUCCGUCAGUCACGAUAAAAACAAAUAGCAGAAAAUAA